ACUAUCGUACUACAGCCCAUUUGUAACCGUGUAAGUCCAGUUCAGUGCUAGGCAUGGAUCCGAAGCUUCGUGGAGAUCGAGCUGCCCGCCAUCAUCCCCUCGAUGAACCGCACCACCUCCAGGAAAUCAUCGAUUAUGCCCUUGUCGCCCUAGAGACUCCCUUGAACGUAGCAUUGCUACAAGGGCACGUCGUGACUGCUUCCGAGAUCCUAAAUCAGAAUCCGGCACUCUCACACGAACCUAACAGAAGCGGGUCUUACCCUUUGCAUGUGGCUUCGGCCAGAGGCUACGAACAGAUAGUGCAGAAGUUGUUGGAGAUCGAUCCUUCUCUCUGUCUCCUCCGUGACAAGGAAGGAAGAACUCCUCUUCAUUUAGCUGCUUUGAAUGGCCAAACUGGUGUGCUGGGGAAACUCUAUCCAAUUCACGCCAAGCAGAAAAAGCUCCGUAAGUCACUUGCUGGACGUCAGGCUGAUGAAGAAGAGCCGAUUCUACACCUCUGCGUGAAGCAUAACCAGCUUGAGGCCGCCAAGUUUUUUCUGAAAGAAGAAGAGGAUUCUAAGAACAACGCCUGCAAGAAAGAUAAGAGGCUUAUAACAACCAAGGACUGCAACGGAAACACAGUGUUGCACCUCGCUGCGGCUAGAGAAGAUUCUCAGGCAUCCUUUCUUUCUUUCAUUCUCCUCUUCUUUAAUUUUCUUUCCUGGGGCCUCACUUUUCUCUUUCAGAUGUUGGGGUUUCUGCUUGGGAAGAUCAAAGUCAAGGAUGAUUUGAACGCAACAAAUAACUAUGGCUACACCGCCUUAGAUAUCUCAAAAGAUUCUUCCAAUGACAAAAUAAUCAAUGACAUGAUUAAAGCAAAAGGAGGUGUAAGCAACAAAAUUGGAGGGAAAUGGAACCCGUUCAUACGGAAUAGCUGGGACAAUUGGUACAUGAAAGAAGAAGUCUGGGCAAAUGAGAUGCACAAUACAUUGAUGGUGGUGGCGACACUGAUUGUAGCAGUCACAUUCCAGGGUGCAAUCAACCCUCCUGGAGGCGUCUGGCAGGAUCCAGAAUCUUCGAAUUCAAUCUCUCCAUCGCCAUCUCCCAUGCCUUCCUCACAUGUUGCUUCUCUUACAACUGGAACAACGAUUCAUGAUAACACCAACAAUCAAGCAUUCCGAUCGUUUAUGCACACAUCUUACUCUACGCAGCCUGGGACGGCCAUUCAUAAUAAUGUGAACUUUACUGGGUUCAAAAUAUUCAUGUAUUUCGACAUGAUCGCGUUCGCUGCAUCGCUGUCUAUCAUUCUAUCCCUGGUGAGUGGGUUUCCACUUAGGCGCCAGUCUACAACUUGGGUGUUGGUCUUCACCAUGUGGGCCGCAUUGUCCUCUAUGGCUAUGGCUUUUGUGUUUGGCACCAAAAUAAUCAUCGGUUGUGACAACGUCCUUAAAAAAAUGCCUUAUAUUCUAUAUAGCUGGUUGGGAGCCAUGGUCCUAGUUUUCUUAUUCCACUGUAUCAUCCUUGUAGUCCGUUUAUGGGGUGAAAUCAAGAAGCCUUGGGUCUACCUGUGGGAUAAGCUCCAACAGACCAGGGACGCGACCGAGGGGAAGAAGGACAAGGAGGCGGAGGGUUGUUGCUGGCCAUGAUGGCUUGAGUGAUAAGUGUGUGCUUGGACCCUACAGAUUUUAUGUGGUAUGAUGAUGAAUGUGUGUACUCUUUUCAUGUGUUUCCUAGCGUUGCUUUUGGCAUUAAAAGGCCAGGAUGACUGAAUGUACAACAUCAGCAGCAACGUUUAAAACUUGAAAACUCGAUGAGUCCAGUGACUAGGUUGAGUACUUCUGAGUUUUGAACACUGUCCAAAUUUAAGGUGUUAAAUUUGUUAAUGUUGUUGCGUUGGU